AUGGUCCAAGAAAACGUGCCUCCUGAUAUAGUGGAAUCGCUAUGCAAACACAUUUUUAAUGCAAUUGGGAGUUUGAUGUUUGCAGUUCCAAGGGUCACUACUUAUUGCUUCGAGGGGAUUUCCACAAUUACUAUGAAAGUCAACUAUCACCAUAUACUUCCAGGAAAAUUAAUAGAAAUCCACCAUUGUCUCACCUCCUCUUGCGUGCAAACUUAUUUUCCACACUUCAACAACUGCAUUAACAACAGAGAAUCGUUGUCUCCUAUUAUGGAAUCUUGGGAAAUCUUACAUAAACGUGAACCAUUGGUGGUAGCAAGAGACAUAGCAACUGCGCCGCUUGACCUUAGCCUGAACACCCCUAGUGGACCGAAAGUAACAUCGCAGAAGCUACUGAUUUACCUAGAAGCGAUAUCAUUUGUUAUUGGCACAAAAGAGAGAGAGAGAGAGAGAGAGAGAGAGAGAGAGUAA